GGGAAGAUAACUCGCAACUGUCACCUAAAUUAGAGAGGGCGCACUGCUUUUCCGGCCAAAUUCGCCACAUCGUACGGGCAAAUAGAAGAGGAGUCUCUUCGCACCAGUUUGGUAGUGGAGAUCCGGCUGCUGCUGCUGCGGGUGAAGACAAGAGUUUCCCAAUGAGGGUGUACUGUCGGAGGAAGCUGCUCCUGAAGCUGGGGCUGGCUGUCACCGCCCUGCUACUGGUGGGGCCUUACCUCUUCCACCUGUUUGAUGAUAACAAGGGUGUGGCCAGGAGACAGGACAAGUUUGUGCAUGAAAUGAACCAGAAGGACAGUAAACGUCAACAUAAAAGUGACCAUGCUGUACCCGACCUGAAUCAAGACAAUGUCAUCCCCCAACCCCAGGUAGGAGAGGACGACAACCCUUUUGAACACAAGAAUCUUGGACCUGUAGCUGUCAUGAAGAAGGGAAUUACAGGCAACUUUGAACCCAAGGAGCCUGAAGCCAAAAAUACCCCAGGUGAGAUGGGCGAGCCUGUAUACACUACAAUGGAAGAGCAGUCCAAAGCUGACCAGACAGUUCGAGAGUUCGGCUUCAACAUGGUAGCCAGUGACAAGAUUCCGAUGGACAGAAGCAUCCCGGACACCAGGAUGGAUGAAUGCAAGUACUGGCACUACCCUACAGACCUGCCCACGGUCAGUGUGAUCCUUGUGUUCCACAACGAAGGCUGGUCCACGCUGGUCCGCACUGUGCACAGCGUCAUCGACACCUCCCCGCCUCAUCUGCUCAAGGAGGUUGUCAUGGUAGACGACUACAGCGACAAGGAGCAUCUGAAAGGCAAACUGGAGGACUAUGUGAAGCAGUUCAAUGGUAAGGUGAAGCUGUACAGGAAUGAGGACAGAGAGGGGCUGAUCCGAACUCGGACCCGCGGGGCGGAGCUGUCCACUGGGGACGUCAUUCUCUUCCUGGACGCCCACUGCGAGUGUAACAGAAACUGGCUGGUUCCCCUACUGACACGUAUCAGGCAUGACAGAACCGUGAUGGCAGUGCCAAUAGUGGAUGGUAUUGACUGGAACAACUUCCGCUACCACCCGGUCUACACCACCAACCACCACCGCGGCAUCUUCGAGUGGGGAUUCCUGUACAAGGAGAGCCAGGUGCCCCAGAAGGAGCUCAGCAAGAGGGCAUACAACAGUGAACCCUACAAGUCCCCGACCCAUGCUGGAGGCCUGUUUGCCAUGGACCGGAAGUACUUCUUUGAGAUAGGAGCGUACGAUCCAGGCAUGCAGAUCUGGGGUGGAGAGAACUUUGAACUUUCCUUCAAGAUUUGGCAGUGUGGAGGCUCCAUAGAAUGGGUGCCAUGCUCUAGAGUGGGACAUGUCUACAGGAACCAUAUGCCCUACUCAUUUGGCAAGAUCAGUCACAAGAUACCUGUCAUCAACUUGAACUACAUGCGUGUGGUGGAAGUGUGGCUUGACCCAGAGUUCCGUGAGUACUUCUACACGCGGGAGCCCACUAUCCGUGGCUAUCCGGUGGGCGACCUCACCAAGCAGGUGGCCUUCAAGAAGGAGAAGAAAUGUAGGAGCUUCAAGUGGUUCAUGGAGAACGUGGCCUAUGAGGUGUAUGACAGAUUCCCUCCACCGCCACCAAACAAAGCCUGGGGAGAGUUCAAGGAGAAGCAGGGGACCCGAUGCUGGGACACGGUGGGCCAGGGUGUGAAUGGAGGUCCCAUUGGGGUCUACUACUGCCACCACGGAGGGGGCAACCAGCUGUAUCGCCUGAACACGAAGGGGCAGAUCGGUUAUGGAGAGCGGUGUAUUGAGUCUCCGAAUGGUGACACCCUCCACAUACAUUACUGUGAUGUACAGCCUACCGGACCCUGGGACUACGAUGAGAACUCGUAUCUUAUCAAAAAUAUCCUGCUCAGCAAAUGUGUGGAGAUCGGCAAAGAUGAGAGAUUGCAUUUACAGCCAUGCGACCCUGCAUCGAAGAGCCAGCAAUUUAUUGUCAAUGAAAUAUUCCCUUGGAAGGACAAGAGGUGACGAACUCAUGCCGAGCUCAUCCUGUUGCUGUUCAUAGUCGUCAGUAGCAUCGUCAGUCAUCUGUCAACUUUCAUCUUCUCAGGGAGAGGGGUAUAUUCACCAUUAAUAGCUGCAACACUGUAGCCUGCAUUUCAAGGUUAUCAAACAUCAUACUUCAAUAAUGGUUUCAAUAAUUCUUUUGUACAUAAGACCAAUGUAAGAACUUUGAAUUUUGAUUUUUGAAGGUUUUGAAAUGAAAUUAUAGCUCUGAAGAAAUUCAGAUUCUGUCACUUAUAAUUAAGAGGAAGCAUAAUGAUGUCCUUACCUUUACAUCACCAACACUUGGUCUUGCAUGUCUUUUUUCUUUUGACUGACUGUUGUUUCUUAUUACGCUCUUAUUUCUUUAAUUGUUAAAAGCCAAGAUCCUUUAGACAUGCUAGGCUUUUAUAUAGGCCUUAAAGCUAAGCGGCCUUGGCAGGCAACUUGGAAAACUAUUUUGUUCAAAGUUGGUAAUUUCUUUGAGUUUUUGUCUUACAUUCAGAUGCAACAUUGCAAUGCUGUUGAUCUCAGCAUUAAUGCCUCUCCCCUGAUAUUAGUCCUGAUGUCACUGAAAUACACGUCAACUCACCAAGCCAUGGCAUUAGUUAUAAUUUUAAUAUCAUGAAUUUGUGACUUGUAUUUCCAAUCUGGGAAUUUUUACUGACAUUUGCUCAGACUCUGUAGAAAAUCGGCUCUGAGCAGGUCCAGAUGAAUACAUGAUAAGGCCAUCUUCCCCUGGCAAGGGAGUUUACUGACUAAUAGUUUAGUUUCCACCCUUGUCCAACUAGGCUGGAAUUAUGGAGUUAUAAUUUGGACUAACAAGUCUAUGCAUAGUCCAAUCAAAACCCCGAAAACAAAAUCAAAAACAAAAUCAACAUCCGGUUCAUAAGCAAAUGUUCUUAAUCAAGGUGCUCAAGUGUUUUGAUGCACUUUGCGAGGUAAAAAAGAUCUUUAUUAUUGAUAAGAUCAUCUUGACUGGGCGUCAGCAUUUUGUUUGAAGCAAAUGCAAGUGAUAUUAGAGGUGGAAUCUGAUUAGUCAAUAGGAGGGACAUAGAAGGGAUGUAACUCUUGUGGCACUAGAUCGAGCUCAGUAAUUCCAUCCUAGUUCAGCAAGGGUGCAAUGGACUUUUAAAGUCAGUUUGCCCUUGCCAGAGUCAGUUCAGUGUUGUAGGUUCAAGGGUAGGAAAAAAAACCUUGUAUCCCUGAUAACAUGAAAAUAUUGCCAUUGACAAAACAUGUUGCUAUCAGUUUGAUUCAGAUGAUAUAUCAAGUCUUGACAGAAGAUUCCUUAAAGUGUAUAAUCAUGAAAAAUUUGCAUCAAAACGAUAUGCAUUGCUAUGUUAUGUGAUUGUUAUCAGGCAAUAGCAUUCAGUGGUCAUGUUUUGUAUAAAAACAUACAAAAGUACAAAGAAUGUUAUAUCAAUCUUGGGAACAUGUCAAGUGCAGUGUUAAGUACUUUCACAGAGUCCAUCUUUGUAUCUUGGUGUUAGAAUCUGUUGCUAUGAGAAAUGUACACAACAACGAGGGCUGUGCGACUCUGUAAUCAAAAUGCAAGUACUUUAUAUGCAACUGUGAGAUGGUAGUGUAUAUUCAUCGCUACAUACUGUGUACAUGACCAGUGACAACGAAACAUUUGCUGUGGUAAUCAGAAGCUGACAUGUUUCUUCUUACCUAAAUCCAUUUUCAUCACCAGUCCAUUUUGUUAUUUGGAGAUAUUACCUAAAACACAUGUUAAACCAGUUAUUGUAAAUAAUAAUUUAUUGAUCGUCAUAUUUAUUUGGCAGAAUAUGUGUCCAUUUAUAUUAAGCACUGGCAUUAGUAUUACUGGUUGUUCAGUCAUCAUAAGACCAAUGUUUAUUUUUGUCUCAUUGUGUACAUGUUUCUAUUUUUGCAACAGAAUUAUAACAGAUAAGUUCGUUAUUCAGUUGAAAUAUGGUCACACUCCACACUCCACACUCCCAAGAAUAUGAUAGGAUGUAUUAAUUGGUAUUGUGUCCAUUCAUUUAUGUGUUUAUCAUAGUUUACAUAAUAAAUCAUGUGUUGUGGGAAAAUACUUGUGAUAACUAUAAAAAUAUAUAUCAGUGUUCAUUUCAGAAGAACAGGGGACAUUUAAUGUGACCAGGCGACACACAAAUAUUCAAAACAUUUGAAUAAGCAUGGCUCCUACAUUUGCUUUCAUUUCUCGGAUACCUUGACAAGUUUAUGGCACAUGUGACAAUGAUACAAGACCGAAAAAUGAAAGCCAAUUCGGCCAAGUAAAUGAACCAGCCAAUCAAAACACUUGUUAAAUUGCAGUGGUCAAUUCAUUCAGGAGGCGUAACCUAUUAUUACUGAAAGCUGACUGUAGAGUUUGGAGGUUAAGAUAAAUGCUUAAUGUAUUCCAAUUGCUAAAACGUGUUUACUUUCGAUUUUGCCAAAGAAAAUUUAGUGUUUAGUUAAAGUUAAUAAUAAAAAGUUUGAUCAAGAACAUAUUUUAGUUUUUGGAUAUUAUGUUACACCCUUUGGGCGUGGAGAUAUUUAUUUUUUGCACCUUUAAGGAAUAUUGUGUGUAAAUGCCCCCAUGGCCGGAUUUGGAAAUGAACACACUAUAUAUAUAUAACUGCCAACAAUGUCAAGAUGUUUCAUGCGUUCUGAAUUCUGUUCACCAUGUAAUCUUAGGACAGACAGAGCCCAUGUUUGUACUUGUGAUGUGACUCAAAAGUUGAGAUUUGGAACUGAAUGUUGAAACCUUCGUUUCACUUGUAGUGCUAUGAAUGCCUUAUUGAACUGCUGCAUCAGCUUGUCUGGUGGUGAUGGAGGGGGUGCAGCCUUUUGGAUGGGGGUGGUUCAGGGACCCCUUGUCAGUCAGAACUCCAUAGUCGUGUCCUAAUCUUGGUAUUGCCCACUGUGGAAUAUUGCUAAAAGCAGAGUCAAGCUUAGUUGCUCAUUUGCACCUUGGCACUGGGAUACACAGCGAUGACCAUAGCUCCUGUUGUUGUACACUCUCAUUUCCUGGCUGCGCUUGGGUUUCUUCGGUGUCUUUGUCUAAUGGUCUCUCAUUAUUUUUAAGUGAUUGUAAACUUAUUAUCACUGAUGUACCAAUUGUAGGUAGGAUUUGUUUUCUUGAUUGAGAUAGUGAUUAUGUCGUAAUAGCGAUGGCUCCCUUUCCUGUACUUCAAUGUACAGUUGACCAUGUGAAACUUUACAUGAAGGCGUUUGUUGCUGACAUUUGAAGAUUGAAAGUAAUCAGAAAAUGUGAAUUAUUAUUGCUUGCCAUGUCCGGUCGGUUUUUCUUUUGUCAUUUUAUUUUAAUGCAUUUUGCAUGAUAUGUCAAUGGGUGUUUAGUUAUUGAUUAUCAGGGCUCGAUUUAGCUUUAUAAAACAUGCACCAGUGCAACCAGUUAUUGAAAAAUGGAACCUAAUAUGUAUGUCAACAUGCACGAGAUGCAUGUUAAAAAAUUCAAGUUUGCAUCUACCUAACCCUUACUUGCCAUUAUACUCAAUACCUCUAGCGUAUAUUAACCAUACUACAUUUACUUCAUCUCUGUCUUGGUUUAUUGGUUAUGCUUUAGUGGGCUUGACGUCAUCAAAAUUUUGGUAAUUCAAGAUUAUGUACGCACAUAUUCCUAUUACGUUUUACAGCCUCAGGUCAUAAUUAAUGUGACACAGGCAGCAGACCGACCUAUGUUUCAGCUUUGUAAUAUUUAUGGGACCAGGGUGCAACUUGGUUUUGUCUGGUGAGGGUGCAACCUGGUUUUGUCUGGUGAGGGUGCAACCUGGUUUUGUCUGGUCAGAGUGCAACCUGGUUUUGUCUGGUGAGGGUGCAACCUGGUUUUGUCUGGUGCAACUAGGUUUUCGUAUCACCAUGCACCUGGUGCAAGUUAAACAAGAGCCUUAAAUCGAGCCCUGUUACGUAGUGCAUGAGUGUAGAAAGCAUGUGUUUUUUUGUGUACAUCUACACCAGGUCGUUCUGUGUUUCGUCUUCUUCAUGGUGGCCCAGGAAAUACACAUGGCAUUUUUUCAUAGAAGUGAACUAAUUCAGCAGGUGAAGUCAGUUAGACCAUGUGAAAGGGACAUGGACGUACCUGUAAUCUUCCAGAAACUGUUUAAGAAAUUUUGGCCAACAUGGUACAGAAUUCGAUCUUUGACAUCCUGACCAUGAAUUACACUGCUCAUUGGUAGACUAUGAGCAUAAGACAUUUACUAUAUCAUUGAAUUUGGAGGCCAAAACUACUGUGCUUGUGAUAUAGAGGUUUCUAACAUUGAUGUUAACCAUAUUUGCCUGAAUCCAACCACAUCAGCCUGAGGUAUCAAAUUUGAAAGAAUUAUGAACACUGUCAUUCUUUCUAUUUCCUCCUGAUAUGAUUUACCUCACGCACCUUAACUAUUUUAGGCCUCACAAAUGUUUAUCGGGUAAAUCAGUCAAUGAAAUUGCCUCCCUGUCUGGAUUAUGAAUGACUGCCUUGGAAUAAGUAUGAUAUUUCGCUGCCAUGCGUUCAUCAGUAAAACCAUGGUCUAACAUAAAUUUGAUCCUGCUAAAAUAGAUGUUAGAAUGUCAAUUCCAGGGUUGUCAGAAUGUCAGUUGUUGUCUUAUGGUAGAGGAGGUUGCUGAAGCAAGGGCAGUGAAGGACGAGGGAAUGUGGAAAUCACCUGAUGAGAUAGAGGCAGCUUAUUAGUUAGUGAUUUGUGUUUGGAUGGGUAACAUUGACCUUGUAUAUGUAUAUAUUUCUAUAGCCACCAUGCUCACUGUAUUUUCAUAGGGUCUUUUGUUCAGACAGCUUCUGAACUUCCCUAAUAACUUACUCUGAAAUCAUUUGAGAUUUUUUAGCUGUUGUCGCAAAUCAACCUUCCUCUCGACAGCUAUGUCCCAUGUUUUCUCUAAAGAAGCUGUGUUCAGUAUUUUUCCUGCUCCUGACUGAUACAUGAAAUCUUUAGUUCUCAGUAAACAUAUUCAGCUUCCUACAGCUUACAGCGUACCCUUCAUGAACUUAUUAGCAUCUUCUUUAUCGAACAUAGUUUGUUUAAGAAUAAAUCAAAACAAACUGCAGGUUCUUGUGUCAGUUGUGAAUUUGAGAGAUGCAGUACCUUGUUUUCCUGUUUAGAAUAUGUGAAUAUGGUACUGAAUACUUGAUAUGUUACAAUACUGCUGUUUGAGCUCUUUGAAGAUAUAUUGAUAUAUCUGCCAUCCACUUGUAUGGAGGGAUUUGUAUGAAUGUAGUCUCUGUGUCCAUUAUGUUAUUCAAAUCAUAUUUCUCUUCCACUUGAGUGCCAUAAUUCAAGAUGUUAAUCAAAUAAUCAAUCAAAUCAUCAAUCAAAUCAUGUAUUAUGAUUAUGUGAAAUUUAAUUUUAAUAUUUACAAACGUCACAAGGGCUUAAAUUAACAAAUUUUCCAACAUUUUUGCAUGUGAAAUAUUACUCUUCUACUUGAGUGCCAUAAUUCAAGGCGUUAAUCAAAUAAUCAAUCAAAUCAUGUAUUAUGAUUAUGGGAAAUUUCAUAUUAAUAUUUACAAAUGUCACAAGGGCUUAAUUUUAUUUAAGAUUCUAACCCUAAGGGUAAAGAUACUUGAGUUCAUAAAAGUCAAAUGAAGCAUUUGAAGUUUAUUUUUGUGCUGUUAUAACUUUAUUGUUCACACAAGAUGUUACCUGUAGCCACGAUGAUGAUGAUGAUGAUGAUGAUUAUGAUUAUGAUGUCAUGCUACUGUCCUUAUGACACCUCAAAUUUGCUCAUACCGUUUUCUACACAGUGUUCUAUUUCUAUCAAAUAAGUGCUUUCAGUAGGCAUAGAAUGUGGCUUGUUUGUACAUUUAGGAACUAUGCCUUAUUGAAGUUUGUGUUUUGUCUCUAGUUUUUUUUCAGACUGUGCCAGCUAUGAUGACCAAUCAAAUAUACUGAACUAAAACAGUUAGGGAUCAUGAAUAUAAUUUUAUGAAAUUGUGUGCUCAGUCUUCACUACGAAAAAACAUCCCCCAAAAUAUUCAUGAUCCCUAACUUCUUUUGUUCAGACUGUAUGUAUAAUUUAGUGCUGUUUAUACCCUGAAUAACAUGUUAUUUUCGGUUAUUAUUAUAUUAAAUCCAGCCAGUUAAGACAGAUCAGAUAUUUAUUGAACAGUUUAUAGUUUAAAGAGAAGCUUUUGGUUUUAUAUAAUGUUAUGUUAUGUAACAUUUGUACAACAUUAUUUAUUACAUAACAGUGUAACUUU